CUUUACAUUUCUCAUGGACAUUUUUGAAGGAGUGGGGAUAUAACCUUGUGUCUUCUUUGUGAAAUAUAAAAGAACAAUAAUAAAUGACAAUUUUUCAUGCAAUCUAAAAUUCUCUUAGAUGAGUGAGCUCAAAUAUUCAAGUAAAGAACACAGUUAAAAUGACAAGAUUCAAAUUUUAAAUUGAGCUGAUCUCAUAGGCAGCAAAAUACUUAAUGAAGAACUAAUAUAAUUCUGACAAACUUUGUGCAUUCUUAUUGAUCACAGAAGAUCUUUCUACUUCAUAUGAAUGCACUGUCACAUAGGCUAUUUAUUCAUAUAAAUUUCUCUAACUAUUUUGUAGUAAAAACAUACAUGGAAUUUCUGAAAUUGUUAUUCAUCUAUAUUGGCUUGUGGAAUAACAGUAUCUAAUACUGAUUUUUCUAUUUAUUUCAUGGUAGUCAAAGUAGUGUCAUAAUUUAACAUCACAGAUUAUUUGACUGUGUUAUGUAUUUUAGAACAUGGGAUUUAUGCACUCUUACUGAUCUUCCUCAUCAGUAAAAAACAAACAAACAAACAAACAAACAAAAAACAGACCUCAUUGACUUUGAAUUCAUCCCUGAAUUCUGCCUUCCAUAUUGACCUACAAAGGGUACAGCGUUGAAGCUGGGCUACAGUAUCCCAACUGAGCAUUUUAGAACAGCAUCAUGUGAGGCCAAGAUUCAGAUUGAGCCAGCAGCCAUAUGAGAGCAGGACUAUAGGAGAAACAUUUGGAAGCAGUUUUGCUUAUCAUAACUUUUCCAUGUGAGAUUAGACACAGUGAUAAUGUUUGAUAUCAAAAUGCCCCUCAUAAAGGUACACAUCUAUACCUCAAAUAGUUAUUUCAUACUCCCUAAAAGUUUGAUGUUUGCCAAAUCUCAAUGUCAUCCUGUUUUUACAGAGAUUUUAAAAAACAGUAUGAGUAUUCUAGAAAGUAUCUUUCUCCAAAAUUAACUUUCAUUUUUACUUUAAAAUAUAUGCAUGACUGCCAUCUAUAUCCUGCCUGCAGAGAUCAGAGGUGAGCAUUGGAUCCCAUGGAAGUGUAGUUAAACUCAGUUGUGUAGUAGGAAUUGAAUGUGAGUCCUCUGAAAGAGCAGCUUGUGCUUAAAAUUGCUAACCCAUUUCUGUCCAACCUCUAAAAAACUUUAGUCUUUGAAUAAUUGUCAUGCCUCAUCUGCAUCACAAAAGUGUCUGUCAUUCCUUAUGUUUCUUUUCCAUAGGAAAGCAUUUUGCUCAAAGCACAUGGUAAAUGGGUAAUUUUCUAUUACAGGAUCUGUUGACGUUCAGGGAUUUGGAUGUAGACUUCUCCCAGGAGGAGUGGGAAUGUCUGGAUUCUGCUUGGAGAACUUUAUACAUUGAUGUGAUGUUGGAGAAUUACAGAAAUCUCAUUUUUGUAGAGAAACAUCGCAUGUGUGGUAUAUAUGAGAACAUCAUGGAUCAAGGAUCAAAUAGUACUGUCUAUCAGCACGUGAAUAUCCAAAAGAAGUCUUACAAAAAUAAUGACCCUGGCAAAAUGCUUUGUGAAUCAUCUCAGUGUAUACCUUAUAACACUAGCGAUGCUACAGGAAACCAUCAGAGAAUUCAUACAGGAGAGGAACCUUACAAAUAUGGUAAAUGUGAAAAAUCCUUUGGAUGUAGCUCAAAUCUUAGAACACAUCAGAAAUCUCAUAAAGGACAGAAACCUCACAAAUGUAGUGAAUGUGAGAAGUCAUUUACACGUAAUUCAACUCUUAAAAAUCAUCAGAAGAUUCAUACAGGAGGGAAACCUUACAAAUGUUGUGAAUGUGAAAAGUCAUUUACAUAUAGUUCAACUCUUAAAAAUCAUCAGAAGAUUCAUACAGGAGGGAAAUCUUACAAAUGUAGUGAAUGUGUCAAGUCAUUUACAUGUAGUUCAACUCUUAAAAAUCAUCAGAGAAUUCAUACAGGAGGGAAACCUUAUAAAUGCAGUGAAUGUGAGAAGUCAUUUUUAUAUAAUUCAGUUCUUAAAAAUCAUCAGAGAAUUCAUACAGGAGAGAAACCUUACAAAUGUAGUGAAUGUGAGAAGUCAUUUACAAAUAGUUCAAAUUUUAAAAAUCAUCAGAGAAUUCAUACAGGAGAGAAACCUUACAAAUGUAGGGAAUGUGAGAAAUCCUUUGGAUCUGGCUCAACUCUUAUAAAACAUCAGAGAAUUCAUACAGGUGAGAAACCUUACAAAUGUAGGGAAUGUGAAAAAUCCUUUACAUAUACCUCACAUCUUAAAAGACAUCAGAUACUUCAUACAGAAGAAAAACCUUAUAAAUGUAAUGAAUGUGUAAAGUCCUUUGCAUGUAGCUCAAAUCUUCAGUCACAUAAGAAAAGCCAUACAGAAAAGAAAUCUUACAAAUGUAGUGAAUGUGAGAAAUUCUUUAAAUAUAGAUCAGGUCUUAGAAAUCAUGAGAGAAUUCAUAGAGGAGAAAAACCUUACAAAUGUUGGGAAUGUGAGAACUCCUUUUCAAGUACUUCAGAACUUAGAAUACAUCAGGAACUUCAUAUAGGAGAGAAACCUUACAAGUGUAGUGAAUGUGUGAGAUCAUUCAUGUGUGCCUCAACUCUUAAAAAACAUCAGAGAGUUCAUACAGGAGAGAAACUUGUAGCUAAUGUCACUAAUGCUUUAGCUAGCAGACGCAGCUAAGGAUCUAUCAGAAAAUUCAUCCUGGGGAGAAAAGUUUCUGUUGGAAAUGACUUUGUAUAUGUUUUUUUUCAAGUUCUGUACUUAAAAGACACUAUUUUAUGACAAAAUAUUAUGAACAUUAGAUAGCCUUUGUGUAAUGCUGAACUCUUAGAAAAUAUCUAUAGUUUGCACUGAGCAAACAUUCUAAAUGUAGAAAAAAAUUCAUUAAAACAUGUUAUUCUUGACCUCAAAGACUGCAUAAUUUAUGCAAAGUGGUAAAAACAGG